AUGCAAGCCGUGCAAGUGUCAGAAACAACAUAUACUUCUCUGCUCACACAAUUCUCCGACCGUGCUGUAGAGCAACCAUUUUCUCUCAUAGAACUCAAAGUGCAAAACCUCAAAGACUACGUCGCCAAGUGGUUACAGUUCCAGUCGCUGUGGGAUCUGGAGGCGGAACAUGCCUUCAAUCAAUUAGGGGACUCCCUCGGGCAUUGGCAGCAACUUCUGACUGAGAUCAAGCAAACACGGGCAACAUUUGAC